AUGAUGGCGACAGUGCGCCGCGUUGUGUGCGUGUUGGCCGCUGCUCUGUGCUGCACGGCCUUGUGCGUGACUGCUGCUACGUCUGCAGUGGGUGUGGGGACCAGUUUUGCGUCUCACGAGUUGAAGGUUGGGGCACUGGCGGAAUCCGUAAAAAGAGCCAAGGAUAUUGUGGGGGUUACGGCGCGAAGCUUGAAUGAGGCUGAGGAGUUGAUGAAGGCUGCCCAGGCAAGGGUUGAGAAAGCCAAUGCUGAAGCAGAGGCGAAGAGAAAUAUGCUGGGGUUGGCUGAUGCGGCUGUAAGUAAAUACGAUGAUGCAGUGAAAGAGGCUGUUGAUUUGGUGAAUACUGCUGAGAAGCGAAAGGCCACAACUGAGGAUGAUGUGCGUAAGUCUCUGGAGAAGAGUAGAGAGACCGAGAAAGAAAAGGAGUCAAAGAGUGCGUUGCACAAGGAGGCUGAAGCGGAGGUCGACAAGGCUAAGAAAAAGGCUGAUGAGACGGAGGGCAGAGCCAAGACUACAGAAAGGGAGGUCAACACUGUACUGAAUGAAGCUGGUGUUGCAGCUGAAAACGCUAAGCGGGCGGAAAAAGCAGCUGCGGAAGCAGUACGUAUUGCCAACGAUGUCCUAGAGCGCGCUGCGGGUGUAAAAGAAAGUGCUAGAAGGUUGGCUGACAGAGCAGCGAGUGAGGCGAAUGUUAUUUUGCUUGUUGCCGACGGCGUGGAGAAGGCAACAGAGUUUGCCACAGGCGCAGCGGUGGAGGCAGGCAAAGUAGGGGACUUGGCUCAGGAAGUAGUGAAUGAAGGCUCAGUUCUGGACGCAACAGCCGCGGAUAAAGUUCAACGGGCCCUGAGUUUUGCUGAAGAGGCAAAAGUGAAGAUUGCUGGGACAAUACAAAAAGCUAGUAUUGCUGUGAGUGAGGCUCAGAAGGAACGUUUAACGCUUGAGAAACUCGAAGAGGACGCCAGGAACGCACGUUUGAGCGCUGAAGAGGUGAAGAGCUCCUGCAGCGAGGCGGAGAGAGUGUCGUCAAAUGUAUUGGCAAGUGCUGCUAAGGACAAAAAAGACGAAGCCACAAAGGCAGCGAAUAAUGCAACAGAAGCGGCAGCUCAUGCAAGAACGGCAGUGCAGAUGAUUGAUGAUACUAUUAAGUACCUUGGGGUUGCAAUGGAUGAUGUUACCGACGCAGAACGAAGCGCCGACGCCGCAAUCCGCGAAGCUAAGCGUGUGGAAGAUAAAAUUGAAAGGUCAAUAAAGGAAUUGGUUCAGCAAAAGAGUGAAGAUAUGCCGUAUGUGGCAGUCAGAGCUCAAGAGGCAGCAGGGAUCGCUACAAAACUGAGGACGCAUACAGAUGCAGCGGUGCAGAGAAUUAAGGACGCAUCAUCGAAAACAGCAUCAGCCGGAUCACAUGCUAUAAGAAUGGCAACAGCCACCACCAAGGCAGAAUACGCUGCUGAAGAUCUGAAGAAGCAUGCAGAGGAGAUCAGGAAAGCGGCCGCAGCGGCGCAUACACAGGCUGAACAGCGAAGGACAGACGCUACAGCCAGACUGAGGGAAGCCGAGGGGGAAAAGGCUACCGCUUCGGAGGCGCUGACGACGGCGACGAGGCAGGAGGCCGGUGCUAAGAGUGCACUGCAGCAGGCCGAAGUGCAACGCGGAGCUGCUGAGGUUGAACUGGCGGUCGCUCAAAGCAGCAUGGAAUCUGCCGCCGCGGAGCUGGGAGUAGCUACGAAAAAGAAGACAGACGCUGAUCGAGAGCUGCAGGAGGCAAGGGAAAAGAGGGCGUUAGCUCUGCAAGGACUGAAUACGGCCGAAGAUGAGAAGAACACCGCUUCGGCUGCGCUGGAAGAAGCGAAGGGGCGGCAAGCAGCCGCUGAGACCGCGCACCGACAGGCACUGGAGCAGCAGACAUCCGACGAGCAAGCGCUGGCAGCAGCAGGGGAAGAGAGGGCGGCUGUUGAAGAAGCACAGAGGAAACUCGAGGAAGAACAAGCGGUUGCUGAAAGAAAAAGGAAAAAGGCACUGGAGAAGAAGGUGGCCGACGAGCGAGCGCUGGUAACAGCGGAGCAGGAGGAGCGACAUCGUGCCUCCAUUGAAGUCCAGCAACAGCUGCAGCAGACGGCGCCUUCUUCCCCCAUUCCCGCUACUGGCUUCACGUCUGGGAUGGCUACCGACACCUCCACCAAUGCGGCUGGCGAUCUCUCUGCUGCUCAUUCACAUGACUCAACACAGGCGAGGCUUCAGGGAAAGUUGGACCCGCCAAAGCAGCAGUUGAGCAGAGGUGCCGGUGCUGUGCCCAUCCAUGCGAAAGACCGAUCUCAAACAGCAGCCGCAGUGACCAACACGGUGGAUGAGGCCGCUGGGGCUUCGGUGACUGCCCGACCAGUGGGGGAGCUCGAGCAGGCUGCAGACAGCUCUGACGAGAGUGCAGUGGAGCAAGCAGAGUCAGUGGCGGAGCCUGCUGUGCCUGUACGUGAUAAAGGUGUGCAGGAGAGGCAACAAGUUGGAGGUGACGAAUAUUCCGCUCCUCUGGGUGCAAUAAAGAGUGACUGGAGCGGCAUGCUGCAGGAGACCGGCAACACUGACAGCACCGGCAGUCCUGCGUGGGUGCGUGCGCCGCUGUUGCUGCUUCUUCUGUGUACGAUGGCCUGCCUGGGAGCGUACUGA